UGUUUCAAGGAUCAUAAAUAUGUAGAUAGCAAGAGAGAUGAAUAAUUCUCCCAAAGAGGUUGUAUCACCAUUGAAUUGCAACGUUAAGGGCAAUCUUUCUAUCCAACCCAAUGCCUCCAAGGCUCCAACAUCCCCGAAGCAACCUUUCUUCAUUGGUGUUGCUGGCGGAACUGCAUCUGGGAAAACAACUGUGUGCAACAUGAUAAACAACCAGCUUCAUGAUCAACGUCUCGUCCUCAUUAAUCAAGACUCAUUUUACUACUCGUUGAGUGAGGAAGAGCUACAUAAAGUUAAUGAGUACAACUUUGAUCAUCCUGAUGCCUUUGAUAUUGCACUUAUGCUUUCAAUCAUGGAGAAGUUAAAACAUGGACAAGAAGUUACCAUACCAAAUUAUGAUAUUAGUGGCCAUAAGAGAACUGAACCAGAACGACAGGUUCACCCUGCAGACAUCAUAAUUUUAGAAGGAAUAUUAGUUCUUCAUGAUCCUCGUGUUCGUGAUAUUUUGAACAUGAAGAUUUUUGUUGAUGAAGAUUCUGAUGUGCGUCUUGCACGAAGGAUUCAACGUCUCUCUAUUGAACGUGGGAGGAACAUUAAAAAUGUUCUAGAUCAAUAUUCCAGAUUUGUAAAGCCCAGUUUUGAAGAUUUUGUAAUGCCAACAAAAAAAUACGCGGAUAUAAUCAUUCCAGGUGGAGGAGAUAAUGAUGUAGCUGUUGACUUGAUAGUACAAAAUAUACGCACAAAGCUUGGCCAGCAUGAUUUGUGUAAAAUAUAUCCAAAUAUUUUUGCUAUUGCUUCAAAUUUUCAGAUAAAGGGAAUGCAUACUCUCAUUCGUGAUUCUAGAACAACAAAGCAUGAUUUUGUCUUUUAUUCAGAUCGUCUAAUUAGGCUGGUCGUCGAACAUGGAUUGGGUCAUCUUCCUUUUACUGAAAAGCAGGUCAUGACACCAACAGGAGUUGUAUACUCUGGUGUAGUUUUCUGCAGCAGGUUGUGCGGUGUAUCAGUUAUUAGAAGUGGAGAAAGCAUGGAAAAUGCAUUAAGAGCAUGUUGUAAAGGAAUCAAAAUUGGAAAAAUCCUUAUUCAUGGACAAGGCACGAAUGGUCGACAGUUAAUUUACGAGAAGCUCCCCAAAGACAUUGCUAGUCGCCAUGUGUUGCUACUUGAUCCAGUUCUCGCUACAGGAAAUUCUGCAGUUAAAGCUAUUACUCUACUUCUUAAGAAGGGUGUCCCAGAAUCAAACAUCAUAUUUCUAAAUUUAAUAGCAGCACCACAAGGAAUAAAUGAAGUUUGUGGGAGAUUUCCAAUGCUAAAACUUGUGACAUCAGAGAUUGAUGCGUCACUAAAUGAGAAUUCUCGUGUGAUACCUGGGUUGGGUGAGUUUGGCGAUCGUUACUUUGCCACUGAUGAUUAGCCCAAGGAGCAAAUUCAUUAUUAAAUGAGUUCAACUUCCCAACAGGUUACUUAAGUUUCAUGGAAGAGCUAUCACUUAUAAAACUUGAUGAAAGAAUCUACAAUGAACUUCUAGUAGUGUGAAAAAAAUUGAAAAAGCAUAAGAACCUUUUGACAUGCCCAAUACAUGUGAAUAAAAGUUGUAUAUUAGUGCAAUAUUUCAUAUAAUAACUAAAAUGAUAAACUUAUUUUACAUUAGAAUCAAGUUUCAAAAAAAAGAUUUGUAUGUUUAAGGCAUUUAUAUGC